AUGACCCGAAACAAGAAAGUAGUCUUAGUUGGAUUAAGUGGUUGUUCAUCCAGUGGGAAAACAACAAUUGCUAAAUUAACAUCAAAUUUAAUUGACAGGAGCAUAUUAAUUCAUGAAGACGAUUUUUUUAAACAUGAUGAUCAAAUUCCAAUUAACCCAAAAUAUAACAUUGCUAACUGGGAUUCUCCGGAGGCGUUAGAUUUAUCGUUAUUUAGUAAAGAAUUAGACCACAUUCGUAAAACCGGCCAAACUAAAACAGAAUUAAUACACAAUAAUAAUGUCGAUGAUUUAGAUAAAUUUCAAAUUAAUCCAUCAAUAUUGGAUCAAAUUCGACUAAAAUAUUCUAACAUAGAUUCAAACUUGAGAAUUGUUAUUGCUGAUGGAUUUAUGUUAUUUAAUGAUGAUGAUAUUAGGUCCAAGUUUGACAUUAAACUAUUAAUACGUGCCCCAUAUGAACAAUUAAAAAAAAGAAGAGCAGCUAGAAAUGGAUAUCAAACUUUAGAUUCAUUUUGGGUAGAUCCACCGUAUUAUUUUGAUGAAUUUGUAUAUAAAUCCUACUCUGACACACAUGGACCACUAUUUAUUAAUAAUGACGUUGAGGGACAACUAGACCCUAUAAGAUCCUCUGAUAUAAAGGAUUUCAUGAACAGUGAUGAUGUAUCAAUAGAUAAUACGCUAGAAUGGGUUUGUAAUCAAAUUGUGGCCUCAUGUCAACAAUUAUCACAAGAAUAA